AUCUGGCCCUAUGUAGCAAGCUCUACUUUGAUCCUGAACUAAUGUCCAUUAAGAAACUAAUCUCCAUUUUCCUUCCCUUCAUUUAUUACAGAGAAGUGAAAAUUUCCCUAAGCCAUCCACCUGCCACCUCUCACUGUAGCUGCCUGAUCUCAGCUCAGAGGAGAUGGAAGAGGGAAAUCACUCGGUGGUCACUGAGUUCAUUCUCUCAGGACUGACAGAUCGUCCAGAGCUGCAGGUCCCCCUGUUUGUAUUGUUCCUACUGAUUUAUGGUGUCACCAUGGUGGGGAACGGGGGCAUGAUCUUGUUAAUUACAACUGACCCCCAACUCCACACCCCUAUGUACUUUUUCCUCUGGAAUUUGUCCCUCUGUGAUCUCUGCUAUUCCACAUUAAUCGCCCCUAAAAUGCUGCAGAAUUUCUUAGCCGAAAGGAAGAGCAUUUCUCGCACUGAGUGUGCAGUGCAAAUGUAUUUUGCGACCUGUUUUGGAGAUAUUGAGUGUUUCUUGCUGGCUGUGAUGGCGUAUGACCGUUAUGUGGCCAUCUGUAAGCCCCUGCUCUAUACAGUCACCAUGUCCAGGCCACGUUGUAACUUGCUUGUGGCUGGGGCUUGUGCUGCAGGGUUGGUGGAUGCAAUGAUACACACGUGUCUGACAUUCCGGCUGUCAUUCUGCAGCUCCAACGUUGUCAAUCAUUUCUUCUGUGAUAUUCCUCCAGUAUUGGUUCUCUCCUGCUCUGACACCCGCAUCAAUGAGGUUGUGCUGUUUGCCUCCACGUGCUUCAUUACUCUGAACGGUGCUGUAACAAUUCUACUCUCUUAUGUCUAUAUCUUCUCCACCAUACUGCGAAUCCGCUCUACCGAGGGCUGGCACAAAGCCUUCUCCACCUGCACUUGUCACUUGACUGCAGUGGUCUUAUUAUAUGGCGCAGUCCUAUAUAUGUAUUUCCGACCCACCUCCAGCUAUUCCAUGGAAACGGACAAGAUAGCCUCAGUGUUUUACAUGCUGGGGAGCCCCAUGUUGAACCCCCUGAUCUACAGCCUGAGGAACACGGAGGUGAAGGUCGCCCUGAGGAAAGCAAUGAACAAAUUCCUAACCCAUACCUGAAUCUGUUCAUCCCAAUACAAGUUAGAGUGAUGGGCAAUGGAAACAGGUGAAUUCAAUAUCCAGCCCAUUGUAAUGACAUUUUGAAGAUGCUGGUACUGUUAUUCCUCACUGUUAUGUUGUUCUUAUUACAUUAUUCUUCCAAGAAACUGUAGUCUUCAACAGAGGUCAGGAUUUACUAUUACUCCAGGAAAACUAAAGGAGGCACCUGUUUCACACAGGAAACUAUAGAAAUAUUCACCAUUACAUUUUAAACAAUGGAUGUGUUUGCAGAUGAAAAUAGGAAGGGGACAUCAAAUUUCCCUCUUUGUUGCUGGAGUUGUUUUAUUCCGAUGUGUGAGAUUUUUAUAGCUGAAGCAAAGAGAGUUGUUGCAGAGAUUGUCACCUGAUUUGUGUCCAUACACUAUGAAAAAACCCAUGAUUUCCAUCACAGUGUUCUUUACUUCGUCUUAAG